UUUCGAACCUUGCGCGUCUUGCCUGGCAAGUGCAGCUUUCAGCGGGUCCAGAUCGAAGAUCACGAGGAGUGAAAAAAAUCUUUUCGGUUAUCCGCAUUCUAACUGUCUUUAUCUCCAAUUUCACUCCGCAAACGUCAAAGGGUGUCUAACUUUAUCGUCGAUCGCAGACUCAAGAAUUCUCUGGGUCAUGAACUGCAAGCCAUAUAAUUCAUCAAUCCAGGCUACCAAGUUGGAAUAAUUACAUCUUCCUGAUAAAACGCAGCACUGCAUUGAAGAAAAACAGGAUAGCAUUUCCUUGCUCCAGAUUCUGAGACCUACUGACCAAAAACUAUGGAAUAUCUUUUCGACAAUUACAGUUACUUUGAAUACAAUGGCACUUUUGAUUAUACCGACAUAGAAUUCUUGUGUACAAUGAAUGAUACCAGGAAAUUUACAUGGGUGUUUAUUCCAGUUUUGUAUUCAAUCAUCACUGCAGCAGGCAUUAUUGGCAAUGGUUUGGUUGUGUUAACCUAUUCUCUUUACAAGAAGGUGAAGUCUAUGACUGACAUGUACCUAAUGAAUUUGGCUAUAGCUGAUAUACUGUUCGUAGUUACUUUACCAUUCUGGGCUGCCAAUGAAGUAAAUGGGUGGAUCUUCGAGGUCAUUGGAUGUAAAGUUCUCAAGGGGCUGUAUUGUGUCAACUUCUACAGUGGAAUGUUGUUGCUAGCUGUUAUCAGUAUUGAUCGAUAUAUUGCUAUUGUUCAUGCAACUAAGUCCUUCAAUUAUAGAGGAAAGACACUGAUUUACAGUAAAAUUAUUUGUGUAGCUAUCUGGCUAUCAGGAAUUGUUGUAUCCUUGCCAACAUUCGUUUUUAGUGAAAUGUACAAGUUUGAAACAACUGGAGAAUAUAUAUGUGAUAUCAGGUACCCUAAAAACUAUUCAAACAUUGGUAAAAUGAUUGCUCCAACAAUACAACUCACACUGGGGUUUUUCAUACCUCUUUUAAUCAUGGUUUUCUGUUACUCUUUAAUAAUUAACACACUUCUCCAAGCUAGAAAUUUCCAGAGGCAUAAGGCAUUUCGAGUUGUAAUGGCAGUAGUAGUAACAUUUAUCUUUUGCCAAGUGCCAUACAAUGUCAUUGUACUUUACGAAACUGUACAUAAAACAGACAGAUGUGACCUUCACAAACAAAUGACCAUUGUGCGUACAGUAGCACAAUCUUUGGCCUUUUUACAUUGUUGUCUGAACCCUGUUCUCUAUGCAUUUAUUGGUGUUAAGUUCAGGUUUUAUUUUACAAAAAUUAUUCAAGAUAUCUGGUGUUUAAGCAAAAAGUACAUUACAUUUCGUCACAGCCCUUCAAGGCGUACCAGUGAAACAUUUGUGUCCAGGCGCACUUCUGAUUUUGAUGUUGACAACCCAUCAUCUUUCACAGUAUGAUCUUCAGCUUUCUACAUGAACUUUGUAAAUUCAAAUUUCUCGCCAAAGUGCAAUGUUAAAAUGCUGUUUCACAUAAUCUUUCCUGCUAAUGUAUUACUGCAUAGUGUAUGUAUGAGGAAUAUAAUAAGAGGACUCGAGGUCUACAAUGCUCUUUCACACCACAGACUACUUUAAUUUUCCCCACCUGUUUACUGAAUCUCGUUAAAAGUGAUCAAAGUUGUAACUCACAACAAACUUAAGCUCUGUGAAAUUUCUCAUCCCGAUACAAAGAAGCACAAGAUUAUAAUUUCAAAAUUAAAUUCUUAUCCACCUAUAUUUCUAGUCGCAAGUGGAAACCAUUUCAUCAUAAUUCUGACUUGUGCCUUGUUGAUGGUGAAAGGGCUUUGGAGGGCUAAAAAGUGAGUUACUCACCAACUAAUAGCCGGCCUUUGAUUUGCUUUUAUAGUCACUAUUUAUUUGGCUGGUCUAAUUAGGUUUGUACCCUGGAAUGCAAAAUGGUGGAGGAUUCAAUAAUGGCAAAUACCAUUGAAUCUCAAGUGAAAGUGGUCAGAUUCUCUCUUAUUUGAAUGGCAUUUGUGUACCAUAUAUGUUACUUGUCAAUUUACACCACAAACCUGAAUAAUGUCCAGGUCUUGCAGCACAUAAUUUAAUCAUAGGCUAUUCAAAACCUCAGUAUUAAUCAAAACUAAUUGAACUGAUCAGAAUAUAAAAACAUAAGAGAAUGUUGUAAGUCUUAAAACCUCAUGAGACAGUCUGCCAUUCAGUUAGAUUGGGGAUGAACUUCCUCAUCUACUCCACUUACCUGCCAGAUCCCCAUAUCCCUUAAUUUCCUUAGUUCCCCACAAUGUUAUUUAUUUCAUUAAGAUCACCUCACAUUGUUCAAACGUGUAGACCCAUUCUACUCACUCUUUUGAAAAAGAAUAAUGUUGGUAUCCCAAGAGUGAAUAUAGAGAACCUGUGAUACAACCACUUCUUGCUCAUAUCCUCUGCGACAUCUUCUGAACACUCAAUAUCUGUUUUCACACUAAGAUUAAAUAAAACUGCAGAUUCUGGAAAUCUGAAACAAAAAC